CAGCCGCAGAGCCGAUGGCCGCCCCUGGCCCUUGCUGAACUGCCGCCGUUUCCCCCGGCGCCGCUUCCCGCUGCGGCCGCGCUCGGCUCCGGCCGGCCCGAUGAGGAGGAGGCGGCGGCGGCGGAGCGGCGAUGGGGUCGCUGAGCAGCCGGGUGCUGAGGCGGCGGCAGGGCCUCCCGAGGGGCCAGGCGCCCGGCGACGGCGGCCGGGGCGGCAAGAGGAAGCGCGGCGGGGCCGAGGGGCUCGGUGACAGCGACAGCGACGGCGAGGCCGAGCGGGAGGAGCGGUUCCUCAACACUCCCCGCAGGAAAAAACUGAAGAGCACCUCCAAGUACAUUUAUCAGACUCUGUUCUUGAACGGGGAGAACAGUGACAUCAAGAUUUGUGCUCUGGGAGAGGAGUGGAACCUGCAUAAGAUAUACCUGUGUCAGUCAGGCUACUUUGCCAGCAUGUUCAGUGGGUCUUGGAAGGAAUCAAACAUGAAUGUCAUAGAGUUGGAGAUUCCUGACCAAAAUAUUGAUAUAGAAGCUCUGCAGGUGGCUUUUGGCUCUCUCUACAGGGAUGAUGUCUUAAUAAAGCCCAGCCGAGUCGUGGCACUUCUGGCAGCUGCCUGCAUGCUGCAGCUUGAUGGCUUGAUCCAGCAGUGUGGGGAAACCAUGAAGGAAACCAUCAAUGCAAAAACUGUCUGUGGUUAUUACAACUCAGCAGGGACCUAUGGGCUCGACUCUGUGAAGAAAAAGUGCCUUGAGUGGCUCUUGAAUAACCUGAUGACUCACCAGAGUGUUGAACUCUUCAGAGAACUCAGCAUCAACCUCAUGAAGCAGCUGAUCAGCUCCUCCAACCUGUUUGUGAUGCAAGUGGAGAUGGAUGUGUACACUGCUCUCAAGAAGUGGAUGUUCCUGCAGCUUGUGCCUUCCUGGAGUGGCUCUUUGAAACAGCUCUUAGCUGAAGCUGAUGCCUGGUUUGCCAAGAGGAGGAAAGAUUUUGAGGAGGAUGUGGCAUUCCUGGAGUCAGAGCAGGGCAGAGCCUUCCUGCCUGUCUUCUCCCACCUGAGGCUGCAGUACAUCAUCAGUGACUUGGCCUCAGCCAGGAUCGUGGAGAGAGAUGCUCUGAUCCCCUCAGAGUGGCUGUGCUGUGUUUACAAACAGCAGUGGUUUGCCAUGCUCAGAGCAGAACAGGACAAUGACACAGGGCCUCAGGAAAUAAACAAAGAGGAGCUGGAAGGGAACAGCAUGAGGUGUGGGCGGAAGCUGGCCAAGGAUGGUGAUUACUGCUGGCGCUGGACCGGCUUCAACUUCGGGCUGGACCUGCUGGUGACCUACACCAAUCGCUACAUCGUCUUCAGGAGGAACACCCUGAGCCAGCCCUGCAGCGGCAGCGUCAGCCUGCAGCCGCGCCGCAGCCUCGCCUUCCGGUUACGUCUGGCCUCCUUUGACAGCAGUGGGAAAGUUAUCUGCAGCAGGACCACAGGGUAUCAGAUCCUGACCCUUGAGAAGGAUCAGGAGCAGGUGGUGAUGAACCUGGACAGCAGGCUCCUGAUCUUCCCCCUCUACAUCUGCUGCAACUUCUUGUACACCUCCCCGGAGAAGAGGGCUGAGGGGGAGCCCCUGCUGGAGCCCCCUGAGGCCUGAGGCUGCCCAGGGCUGGGCCAGCAGCCAGGGCCUCACACUGUAGCAAACAUUCAUGGCCUUAGCACCUUCCUAUGCAGAUCUGAGGCGAGGCUCAGAACCUCUGGAGGCCAAACCCUGUUCCCCCCAGGCCCUGUGCCUGCUGCUGGGCAGCCCUGGGCCGCAGCCCUUCCGUCUCUGGGAGCCUUCUCUGCCUGCCUCUGGGCCAGCACUGAGCCAAGCUGGAGAGAGGGCAUCUGUGUGGGGGACACCUCAGCAGCUGCCCUGCCAGGCUCUGUCCCCUGUGGUGGCACAGGUGGCUCCAGCCAGUUAGUUCUGUUGGUCUGGGGCUUUCCAUGGCUGCUCUGUGCAUACCAGACCCUCCUCCUGCUGCUUUCUGUGCUCCUUUCCCCCCAGGCCUGAGCCCAGCCCUGGGAAUGUUGCCUGGCAGCUUUGGUUGGUUCUCUGCCUGCACCACUUUCCAAACCUGCUUGGGUUUAAGCCUUGAUGGCAGCUCCCCCCCUCACCCCCCUCCAUUUGUCUUGUUCUUGGGCCUGUUUUUUGUUAACCCUGCAGCAAAUCUUUAUCAGCAGAGGCCUUUGCUGAGGAAGCUGCUCAGGAGUGAGUCCUAAUUGCUU